AUGUCUAACCUUAUGGAUCUGUAUAUGAGUAAUGUGUCGAACACUGACUCUGGUUUGGCUCAAUGUGCAUCUCAAAAUGUCGAAUCUACCGAAAAAAAUUUUAAUACAUUCCAAGUCAAGGAUAAAGUUAAUUAUCAAGAUUUAGCAGAUAGAUGCUUGACUUUUGAUAAUAAAUUUCAAUUUGACGAUAACUCAUUCGGGUCUCAUGGUAACAAGUUAGACUCAAAUGAUGAUUAUCCUCCAAAUUUGGAGAAAUUAAUUCAUGAAAGCGUUUCAAGGUCAACAGCAAGACUUUUGACCAAAAAUACACUGAAAUACUUGGAUAAGGGUUUGAUGGUAAAGCCUGGAGGAGGUGUGUCACAUCAGUUCACAGUUGUAACACCUAAACAUAAAGAAAAUACAAAAUCAACGUUAUUAAAGAAUAAAAAUAAUGAUGAUUAUGAAGAACAAGCGGGAAACGGAUCAGAAUUUGAUGACCUGAGUCUAAAUACCGGUAAAUCAAGGCUCUCAACAUUUAGGCUAGAUAAGGUAACGUAUGAAAUGUACAAGCUGUUUAACAAUAUAAAGCACUUUCAAAAUAAUACAGCCCGUAGCCGAACUCCAGAAUUUAGUCCAGCUGAUUAUUUAGAUAAAGAAAAUAAUGAGAAAGAUAAACUGAACUCAAGUUCAAGGAGAUUGAGUAUAGUGACUUCAUCAUUUGACGAUAAUGUAGAAACCAUAUCUAAUUUUACUAAUGCAUUCGAGUCUAGACUUAGGCCAAAUGGAUUGCAAUCUCUCAGUACUGCAUAUCCGGAAGACUCAACUAAUUUAACCUAUAAUAGUUCAAACAGGUUUGAUGUAGACCACAGUCAAGAUCAGUUAUCUCAGAAUCUGAGUAAUCUGGGAGGUAAAGGAAGUGAUGAACCUGAAUUUUCCGAUGAUUAUGGUGUUUCGCCUGAAGAAGAGUCUGUAAAUUAUAAAGAUUUUGCCUCUAAAAAUAAGUUUGAGGUACCAGUUAACCCUGGUCCAGAACAGCUUAAAGCAUCAAGUACUGAAUAUACAGAAGAUAGAAGUGAUAAACUCGAUUAUGUAUUUUAUAACAGCUCAAAUAAUGUCAAAUCCGGAGGAUCUGAACCUGUAAACAAUUCAGAGAAGGGGAAAUUCAAUGAAUUUCAAGAUGAGGUUGGCCGGAAUGGAACUGAGGUACCUGAUGGUAAUAAUAAACAAAAGGGGUUUAACCCAUCAUAUGUCACAAGGGUUUAUGCUCCAAUGGAUAGAUUUCAAUCAGCGCCCGUGAAAAGAGCAGUGGUGGUUGGAUCCAACUACUUAGGAAACCCAGACGCACAACUGAGAGGAUGCUGCAAUGACGCAUUUGUAUUUGCACAGGUAUUGGUCAGAAGGUUCAAUUUUGAUCCUAAAAACGUUAUUUUAUUGCUAGACUCAAGGCCAAGCCCAGCAUACACAAGAAACCUAUCGCAAUAUAAUAAUUCUUUACUCUCGGAAAAUGGGUUUGGUUUAGAUCUAACCAGAAUAAAUAAGAGUGUAGAGGAAAGAAACACAUAUCCAACAAAGAAAACAUCAAUGUUUGGAAGACAUUUAGUGGAGAGAAACAUAAAACACUUGACACUAAAUGAUAAUAUGUGUCUGGAUUCUGUGGCUGUUCCAACGCCAGUGGAAAUGUUCCCAUCUAGAGGAAAUAUCUUCAGAUCACUUAAGUGGCUAAAUUUCGCCAGUUCUCCAAACGAUUUGGCAGUCUUUUUCUUCUCUGGCCACUCAGUCCAGGUCGAUGAUUUGUCAGGAUAUGAAGGAGAAGGGUAUGAUGAGGCUCUGGUACCCUCAGAUUUCCAACAGAAUGGACUAGUCACAUGUAGUGACCUCAAGUGCCUUUACCAAUCAAUUGGUUCAACAUGCAGAUUAAACGUUUUCUUUGAUUCCUCAAACUUACAAACAGUUGUUGGAGGAUCUAGUAGGUCAGGGCCAGUAAAGGGCAGUAUGAUGAAGGGUUUCUGGCCAUUUUCUGAACCGACAGGAAAACUCUCUUCAUUUGAAUGCUCAGAUUCAGUGUAUAAAGAUCCAAACAUGAUGAACCAAAUGACUAAAGUAAAGUAUCUUCCAACAAUUGAGGUCGAUAGUCUGAGCAGUUUAUCUGAUGUUCAACUGAGUUUGGAUGCCACACAUGGAAUGGUUAACUAUGUGGUCAUUUCAUCAAGUAGCUUGAAAAAUGUAUCAAUAGAGUGUCUUUUCAAGCCUUUAAACUUGGAACAGUUUUAUCGCCAAUCUAAGGUUAAUAAUAAUGCUGUGAGGGACGACGAAGUUGUAGUUCACGGAGCUUUCACAUACACACUCUUGCUAACUCUUUUAUAUGACAGGCCUACUAGGAGAGGAGGACUUGGAGUUGAAGAGGUUGUGGAUGGAGUUAAUAGAAAACUUUCUCAACUAAAGAGGCUUAGGCUUCCAAAGUUAAAUCAGGUAUCGGAAGCUCUGUUUUACCAUUCAUCAAAAUUGCCCAAAAAUGCAUUGCUCUUCCCUUCAUACCCCAACAAAUCGUAUAGCACAAAGUGGGCUAACAGUCUUUAUGGAUUUCUGUUACCUGCUGAUGCCUGGAUGGUUUUAAUAAACCACGGCAGAGAAAAGGCCAAGGAACAGCAAAUGAAGUUUGAGAGGAUGAAAACUGACUUGAUAACACUAACCAACCUCAACAAUAAGUAUUUCAACUCGAAUACCGCAAGAACUAAUCAGGACAAUGUAAAUUACAACGAGGUUAGAAACAAUACUGAGAAUAUUACAAGAGUUAUGAGUCAGAAGGUUAUGGUAAAUGGAACUAGUAAUAAUUUAGUUGAAAUUAAGAUAAAACCAGUUUUACCUGCAGGCCAGAAGGUUAAUCAACCUGGGACAGGAAGAAGCCAAACAAAUAACGUAACUUCAAGAGUUUUCUCAAGAAACCUAAGUGUUUCCGGAAGAAUUAAUGCAAGGAGUAAAACUGCCACUGUUAACUCUCCACCAGGUGCAAAUUAUGGAGAUCCAAGAGGGCCAAAUUGGCUUGAAACAAAGCCGGAGAAACUAAUCAGAGAAGCAGUUCAAAGCCACAAUUGGUAUGGAGGAUGCACCUUUUCAAUACCAAUGAAUCAGAACUAUGGUUUUAACAAUUAUGGUCAAGCAACUUAUUACCCAACGAUGGGUAAUCAUCCAAAUGUAAGAUAUUCAAAUUAUGCUAAAGAGUAUUUCAACUAUCAAGAGAAACCUGAUCAAUUUGUGUACAAUAAUCUGCAGCCAGUUCAGCUAUAUGAACCAGUUACAGUUGCAAUGCUACAGCAACUUCCUACAAGUAAGUCAUUUAAUGUAACAUAG